AUGGACUGGUACACUAGAGAAGUACUGAGCAUAUAUUUGAUCGUAAAUCUACUACUUUUCUCUUCCGCUUUCAGUGCCAAGUAUAGGUCGGAGAAGUCUUCUUACGCUCAUAAGGGUAAGGCACCUAUAAGUUCUCCAAAAGAUGCGGAGCGGAUUCAUCUUCUUUCUUCAAGCGACGACUCUAUGGACUCUCACAACAGUUAUCCAAGUCUUGUGAAGUCUACAAGUAGCAGGUCUUCAGUUUUUGGUAAUGGAGAAGCGGGUAAAUUGUUUAAAACUCCAAAGUACGGUCAACCUGGAUACUUUAAUAGGGACAAUAUCACUCGUCGUAAAGCGCGGGUGAUUUAUAAUUCAGGUCUCGGAUAUACUGAAGAAGAGUCACUCAGACUGGCCCAUAAGCAACUUACAGAAAGAAGAAGGGUUGAUAGCGAAAAAUAUAGGAAUAAAUCGAAAGAUCAAGGAAUUAAGAAAAAAAAAGCCACCCGCAAAAAGGGAUACAACGGUAAGGAAGCGGUCAUUAGCAGAAAAAUUGUUCAACUUUUAGGGGAAGACAAUCACAUUGUCAGACAUAAAGAUGCCAGAGAGGCGGCGGAAGAGUGGUACAAAGCGAGCGCAAGGGAACGAAGUGCGUCGCAUCGAGCGAGAAAGAAGGAGGCCAAAGCAUUGCAAACGAAAAGUAAUUCUUCAGAUUACUCGUUCUAAAAGCGUCGUCCAAUCAUCUUAAGGUACCGUCAUUGGAUGAACGAUCUUACUUUUGCGAAGAUUGUGUACUACAAACAUUGUCUUGUUCAUGAGUUGACUAAUACAUAAACUACCGCGGGGCAUUUGAGCA